UAUUAUAUUCGUUCCUUACACAGAAAAGCUCCAGAACUCAAGCAAAGAUUAGCUGGAAAAUCCAUUCCUUUUGAAAAAUUUUCCGUCAGUAGAUGUAAGGAUUACUUUGAAAAAGAGCAAUACCUUUGGCUUCCCGCUUUGGUAAGUAUUACUGUAUUUUUGGAAAUCAUAAAAUUAUUUAUACUAUUUUACAUGUUCCCCCAAAAUGUUUUGUUGUAUUGAAACAUCAUGCAGCUUUAAUAGAAGUAUCAGAUUUUUAUCCUAUCAUUUUAAUCCAUUGAUAUUUGAAUUAUCAAAAUAACCAACAAUUUGCCUUCAAGAUUCACUUAAGGUGGUGACACCAAUAUUUCUACUAAUUGUCCGAAUUAUGGAAAUUAGGUCAAAAGUAUUUCAGGCUUUUAAAAGGGGAUGUUUAAAGAGAACUCGCAGGGUUUGUGGUCCCUAACAUUAAAGAUUUUGUUUAAAUAAGACUUAUUUUAAAUGAGUCUGAAGCUUAGGAAAAAACCCCGAAAAUUUUCUUAAUUUUCUGGUUCGUGGAUGAUAACCUGGAUAAAGAGUCAUACGAAUAAGAGCAGAAAAAUUAUUGUUGUAAGACACAUGAACAGUAUUGAAGUUUUAAGAUACAACUUUCAAAUGAUGAACUUGAUCGAAAGUAAUUAAUAUGAAUUCUUUAAUUUUAUAUAUUUUUGGGACAGCCUGUAUAUUUCUGAUUUAUAUAAACUCCAUGGACAUUUUUUGUUCAUGGUUUAAUCCACCGUGAAGUAACGUUAAAUUGUAUAAAUCCUACGAAGCAGUAUGAGAAGUAAUUCUAUAUUUAAUGUCCGAAAUUUAUUUGUUGAAAAGAUGGGCGAUCCUGUUUCGGGAGGGAUAAUCUUCUCCAUACCCUCACCACUGAACCCACCCCCAAUGGAUUAGACAUUUGUCACACAAUUCUGGUGCUUGAAAUAAUCGUAUGUCUUGUGCGACAAUAGUUGUCCGAACGAGACGAUAGUAGUGACCCCUGUAGGUCCCCAACGAGAUGUACAUUAAAUAUAUAUUCUCCUCAUUAAGGAACUGAUAUUGCUGUGGAAUGGCUUUCGAAUUCUUUAUAAAAGACCCGAUUUGGUAAAGAGUUUGCUAGAAUUGGUCCACGAAUCUCAGCGAAAACAGUCAAACACUAGAAGUGAUGGUAAGAUUAUUACGUCAUUACAAAAUGCUUAUAUGCUAUUCACAUUCUCUCAUGCACGAGUCCUUGUAGAUUAUUGCAUUUUUUCCCAUGCAAUAACCUCUUUUCCACGUUUGCCUGAUUUAGCAUGACAGGCACACAUAAAGUUUAUAUCUCCAUGUUUCAUGCACACUAUGUUUCUCUUUGAUAUUGAUCCCAACCACAAACCUAUCUUUAACCCUUUAAAAAAAAAAGGCAAUUGGGCAGUUCAGUGAGUCUGUUAUACACAAUGUUAAAAUAAGUCUUUCAAUACUUCCAUUACAGAGAGGUUUAUAUGAAUGAGUUAUAUACAUGUGUUUCAUCAAUUGCAUGAUUUACCUAUUUAGUAAAUAAUUUUACAGUUCAUUCCAAGACGUGCAGUAUAUACAGUAUAACUGAGAAAUUUCCCGUCUUUUACUUUGAUCAGGAUAUGUAUACAAAAUCGAGGACGUCUGCCUUCUUAAACUGUUGGAGGGAAUGUGUGUGAGAUGCUUAAACCAAAAGGAACUUGCCAUGUUAUGUUUUCAGCAAGUUUUAACACAGUAAGUUGUGCAUGGUCAUAGCCUGUGGAAUUUCAACUGUAUUGAAUUCCUGGUUUGCACGUCAUGGCGGCUAUGUUGGAGGAACUCUCACAAAAGAACAGCUUAAUAAUAUGCAUGAAAAAUUUCUCCAUUCUGAUUGGCUAAGAGCAGUGCAGGUUUUUCGAAAACAGUGCAAAGAAGUGAAAUACAGUGCAAGAAAUAAAAUACAGUUGCAAAAAGUGAAAAUAAUACAAAAAACCCAAACAUUACGAAUGACAAAUUUUCUAAUAAAAUUGUUUAUAUUAAAAUUAUCUAUUUCGCAUGUGACCUGUAUGCAUGGACAUGACUGCAUAUUUUUUUCAAGUAUAUUAUUAAUAAGUAAUAUCAUGGUUUCUCGUUAUGGUUUCUCGUUUCUCUCUUAUGGUUUUGAUAGUCUUUGAAAAACUCACUCGUGCAUGUUUUUCAAAGUUGCACUCAAAACCAUACUAUUACCUUUACAUAUUGUAUUUGGAGCGUGUUUUCCUCCAACAUGGCCGCCAUAGUCUUAUACAUUUCAAGGGAUUGAUGGCAAACCACCAAUAAAUUGUAGACCGAGAAGUUGCUAAAUGUUAUUGUUAUACAUUGUUUCGUUAACGAGUAUUUGGACAGGCAUGAACAACUUAUUCGUUAUUUUGGUGGUUUUGGUUCGUUGUUGGAAAAAGCCUAAUGUGUGCGAGUUUUUGAGCCGAUGUAUCUUCAAUAUCCUAGAGUUGUAAUAACAUUGCAUUCUGAUUAGUUGAGAGCUUGUUUGUUAAAGCGAAUUUUUGCCCGUAAUACUAAAAUUUAUUUAAUUUACUUUAGCGAGUCUGAAUUUGCGGAAGGCAGUUAUAUAGCAGCGUAUACAUGUGCUGAGAUGGGUUUCAUGCAUUUGGACAACGGUGAUGUAACCACAGGCAAACAUCACUUAGAAGUAGCUAGGUAAGUUUGUAUGCACACAUCAUCAAUCAUACAGCUAAGUCAAAAAAGGUUGUCC